ACUUGUAGACCUAUAUAUUUAGAUGAACAGCGCGGUCUCGCAGAGAGAGAAUCGGGUGAUGAAUGACAGACAGCGCGAAGUGAAACUGGCCAGCGCCAGUGCGUACGUGUGCUUUCGCACAGCAGCCUCGCUCGGGCCAGCAUGGGCGUCCGCCCGGCGCAGAUAAAACCCCUCUCCGUUCCCGCAGACAGGCAUCCCCGCUCCGGCUCACGGUGCAAGAAAUCACGUCGUGCUCUUACUGAAGUCACAAUUAUGCUUUUACUCGAUGAAGACUCACAGAUGGACUGCCUGGGGAUGCUGGUCGCGGCCGGAAGCGACGUCAACUCCGCCGGGGAUGAGUCGGGACAGUCCCCGGCUCACCUUGCCGCCUGUGGGGGCCAUGCUCUCUGCCUACUCUGGCUGCUACAUACGGGGGCUGACGCCAACCAGCAGGAUGCGUUUGGCGAGACACCCGUCCACAAAGCCGCCCGGGCGGGCAGUGUGGAGUGUAUGGCGGUGCUGGUCGCCAGUGAGGCUCGGCUCGGGAUCUGCAACCACGAAGGGAAAACUGCAGAGGACCUGGCGUGGGAGGCGGGCUGGGUGGAGUGCGGUCGACUCCUGGAGACUGUAAGGGUCAGCCGUCAGGUUGGCAGCCCCAAAGAGGAUGGAGCGAGUGACUGCAGGGUGUCAGUUGGACUGAAGAGGGCAGGAGAGAGCCUUAGGGGGCAGGAUGGGAAGAGGGCACGGGACUGGUGACUUGGCAGCUGGGUGGCCCUGGUGUAAGGAUUAGUCAGUGGGGGGAGCCCAUGCAGCCCCACCCUCAUCGCAUUUGCUUCCAUUAAACACGGCUCAGUUCAGGGUAGUGAGAAAACACUCCUGGCUAGAAGUCACAGGAUUGGUGGAGGUUGAGCACAGCCCCGCCCACAUGGUAAUCCCCAGCGGACACGCGGCUCGAAGCUGUCUUGUGUCAGUUGCUGUUUACGGAUACCACUGGAGCUUGGGGCCGAAAGGACUUAUGGCCCGAGGACAGCAUGAAGACUGGAUCCCCGACCAAGCCGAAGUCGGCUGAGCUGUUAUCACUUUAACCGUCUGAUGUUAGUGUGGGUACUUGAAUAACUCGGCCUACAAAGAGCCCCAUGUGCCACCGGCUCCCUCUGCUGGUAGGAACGUGGUCUCGUGACCAGAGAGACAGCAGUUCGACUCCUGGUAGCGCUCCGGUCGGACUAAAAUUAAACUCAACACCAUCAGUAAAGUAUCCAGAGGAAGUGGGUAAAAGUUUACCUCGGGACAGAUACUGUUAACAUUUUACGCUUCCUGGUUGGGGAAAAACAAAAUCCAUCAACUGUUCGAUAAAGAAACUUGCUGCAGUUAAGCGAACGCUGUGCAUUAAAAAAAAUUAAAUUUUU